AUGGCUUCUGCUGCUUAUUCGACCAUCAAGCUCUUUGCUGGUUCUUCACACCCUGAAUUAGCUCAUUUAGUAGCUAAAAGAUUAAGAAUUCCAUUAGCUAGAGCAAGUAUAAUUCAACCUCCUUCUGGUGAAACGAAAAUUACAAUCACGGAAAGUGUGAGAGAUUAUGAUGUCUAUAUAUUAAAUACUGGUGCAGGAGAAGUGAACACCCAUUUAAUGGAGUUGUGUAUAAUGAUUCAUGCUUGUAAAAUCGCAUCAGCAAAGAAAAUCACAGCUGUCAUUCCUCAUUUCAUGUAUGCUCGACAAGAUAAAAAAGAUAAAUCAAGAGCUCCCAUCACAGCUAAAUUAGUAGCUAACAUGUUGAGAGAAGCUGGAUGUGACCAUGUCAUCACAAUGGAUCUACACGCUUCUCAAAUUCAAGGGUUCUUUGAUGUCCCCGUUGAUAACUAUACGCCGAACCCUCCAUGA